CAUCGAUUAACUACAAGAAAUUCAAUGGAUUUAUAAGGCCAGCUCAACAUUAAUGAUUAAAAGAGCCAGCUGGGCCUAGGUGGGUUGGAUUUUUCGGCCUAAGUGGCCAAGCCCCUUCUUCCUGACACGAUGGUCGACUCGUCUCCUUGGCCCCAUAGCCGGACGAUGCCUCCACCCCUUAGUAUGAAAUUUGGCUCCCAAAAACUAAGUCUUGGAAACAAGGCGACACAACGGGGUGCCAAACGGCCGGGUACCAAGCCGGGUACCAAAUAGGAGGCCAUCCAAAAACUAAGUCUUGGAAACAAGGCGA